CCUUUGCUGGCCAGCUUCUUCAGCAAGGUCAUGGGCAUCCUCAUCAACCGCAAGACAGACCAGCUCGUGUCCUUCCUGCGGAAGAAGGAUGACUUUGUGGACCUGCUGCUGCAGCACAUCGGCACCUCGGCCAUCAUGGACCUGCUGCUGCGCCUCCUCACUUGUGUGGAGCGGCCCCAGCUGAGGCAGGACGUGGUCAAUUGGCUCAACGAGGAGAAAAUAGUCCAGCGGCUCAUAGAGCAGAUCCACCCGUUGAAAGAUGACAAUCAACAUUCCAACGCGUCCCAGUCCCUGUGCGACAUCAUCCGCCUGAGCCGGGAGCAGAUGAUCCAAGUUCAGGACAGCCCGGAGCCUGACCAGCUGUUGGCAACCCUGGAGAAGCAGGAGACGAUCGAGCAGCUCCUGAGCAACAUGCUGGAAGGGGAUCCCAGCCCAUCUGUUCUUGUCAGCGGGAUCCAGGUGCUGCUGACUCUGCUGGAGCCCAGGAGGCCACGAUCCGAAUCUGCGACCAUGAACAACUUCUUCAGCAGUGUGGAUGGGCAGCUGGAGCUCCUGGCCCAGGCAACCUUGGACAGUACCGUGUCUAGCAUGGGCGCCCUGCACGCCCUGCGUCCUCGGCUCAGCCACUUCCACCAGAUCCUGCUCACACCACCCGAGCUGGAGCCACUGUGCACAACGUGGGGCAGCCUGUCCCCGCCUCUGGGCAACACACGGCUGCAUGUGGUCAAGCUGCUGGCCAGUGCCCUGAGUGCCAACGAUGCGGCCCUGACACAGGAGCUCCUGGCGCUGGAUGUGCCCAACACCAUGCUGGACCUCUUUUUCCACUACGUGUUCAACAACUUCCUUCACACUCAAGUGGAGGUAUGUGUGAGCGCCAUGCUGAGCGCUGGGCCCCCUUCUGAUGGCAGCCUUGAGAUGCCCGCCCCGAACCCCGGCGUGAAACACCUGCUGCAGCAGUGCCGCCUGGUGGAGCGCAUCCUGACGUCUUGGGAGGAGAAUGAUCGUGUGCAGUCUGCCGGGGGCCCUCGGAAAGGCUACAUGGGCCACCUGACCAGAGUGGCCAACGCCCUGGUGCAGAACACAGAGAAGGGGCCCAACGCUGAGCAGCUAGGGCAGCUGCUGAAGGAGCUGCCAGGUGAGCAGCAGGAACAGUGGGAAGCCUUCGUGUCGGGACCCCUGGCUGAGACCAACAGGAAGAACAUGGUGGACCUGGUGAGCAGCCACCACCUGCACUCCUCCAGUGACGACGAGGACGACAGGCUAAAGGAGCUCAGCUUCCCUGAGGAGGCUGUGCUGCAGCAGGCCUUCAUGGACUUCCAGAUGCAGCGCAUGACCUCGGCCUUCAUUGACCACUUCGGCUUCAAUGAUGAGGAGUUUGGGGAGCAGGAAGAAAGCGUGAAUGCCCCUUUUGACAAGACGGCCAACAUCACCUUCUCCCUCAAUGCCGAUGACGAGAACCCCAAUGCCAACCUGCUCGAGAUCUGCUACAAAGACCGGAUCCAGCAGUUCGAUGAUGACGAGGAGGAGGAGGAUGGCCAGGGUUCCGGGGAGUCUGACGGGGAGGAUGGCGCCUGGCAGGGCAGCUCAUUGGCCAGAGGACCCCGCUUGGGUGUGCCCCCAGGCAUGCGGAGUGGAGGCAGCACAGAUAGCGAAGAGGACGAGGAGGACGAGGAGGACGUCGAAGAGGAAGGCCGGGCAGUCUGCGGAGGGGCCGGGCCCCCCUCUCACUCUGGCAUCAGCCCUCAGUCUCUGGGCCCCAACUGGACAGCCACCUUUGACCCAGUGCCUACUGACUUCCCGACCAGCCUCCAAGACUCCAGGGAGAAGGAGCUGUGCCCUGAGCAUCCUGCCCCACAGGGACCCCUUGGCUUGUGCCAGGACCUCCCCACCCCAAGCCUGGCCAGCCCUGUGGCCCCUGACGCCAUGCAGCUCAGGUCUCAGGACCCCACACCCCCUUCAGCACCUCAGGAAGCCACAGAUGGCGGCAAAGUAGCGGAGCCUUUGGCCCCCUGUCAGGUUUUGGUCAGUGUCGGGGACUUCCAGGCCACCCUCAGAGGGACAAGCUGUGCCCCCAACUCUUUGGACAGUGCAACCAGAGACCCUGCUACCUCUGUCCCAGCCCCUGUGGCCCACCGGCCCCCCCAGACCAUGGAGGAGGAGAAGAGCUCAGAGCUUGCAGGGCUAUCCCAAAGCCAGAGUGCCCAGGCCCCGGAGCCGCUUCCAGUGCCCAAUGGCUCUGCCCUGGGAGGGCCCGCAUCCCCAGGCUCCCAGUAACUGCCUGGUCCCGGUGGUGGCAGCCAAAUCCUCAACCUGCGCAUGGACCCUGCCCGGGUGGGAGCAGGGUGGGUCCCACGGUGGCCCGUUGCCCCAUCACUCCAUCCCCAUCCCACCGCCCACGCUCUCUCCUCUGGAGUCCCAGGAGGCUGCUGCCAGGGAGACAGCCCCCGCCAUUUGCACUGAGGAAAGAAAUGAUGGAGUUUUGUCUCCUAGAAUAAAAAUAUAGAGAGUUGAGUAGAGAGAAGAGAGAGAGAAACAUAUAUUAUAUAUUAUAUAUAUAUUGAGGGAGGAGAGUGGGUGGGAAGAGAGCGGAAGAAAACCAGGUCUCAGGAGGGGUGGCAGGGUGGGUUGGACCUUUAUCCCCUCCCAGCGGGGGCUGUGUUGGGAUUCUCAAGGCACCGUCCACCCUCCCCUCCCACCAUCCCCCACUUCGGUGCAGACGUCCACACCCACACUUGGCCUUUUAGCUCAGGCCCACCUAGAGGGGCCGAGUGGGGGCUGUGCCUUUGCCCAGCCCCUUGCCCCAGGCUGGGAGCUGAAGGGCCUUCUGCCUGGCCUGGUGGCUCUCUAGGGGCUGGGGGCUCAUGGUCCAAGGGGGCCUUCCUGGUGACAUUCCCAUGGGGCCCUGACACUCAUGAGACCCCUGUGCCUCCCAUGGACCCCAGGGUGGGGGUUUGGCAGGGGUCUGGCUGGGGUCCCCUCCCACACCUGAGGGUCUGGGGUCCAGCCCAGCUGCCAAGUGACCUUGUCCCAGCUCCCUCUCCCCAGGCUGGCGUGAGUGCGUGUGUGUUUGUGCUGAGCUUCUAUUUCAUAUCGCAGAUAUAAAUAAAGGAAGACAGUUUAAGA